AUGAAUCUCAUCACAAAACAGUUGCUAUUUCAGGGUACUUUUGUUGAAUUAAAUUAUUUAUCCCUUCAGACUGCGAUGGAGGGUUUCGUUGACAAACGUGUCGGGUUCACCUUUGGUCCGCCACCGGGAAAGCGGAUGACAGUGUUUUUGGACGAUAUCAGCAUGCCGAUUGUGAACGAAUGGGGAGACCAGGUGGCGAAUGAAAUUGUGCGUCAAACCAUGGAGAGUGGUGGAUUCUAUAGUCUCGAGAAACCUGGCGAGUUUAUCAACAUAGUUGAUAUCCAGUUCGCUGCGGCUAUGGGCACUCCCGGCGGUGGCAGAAAUGAUAUUCCAAUGCGCCUGAAACGCCAGUUCUGUGUGUUUAUAUGCAACCUUCCCGGUAGUGAUUCUAUGGAUCACAUCUAUCAGACUAUCGGCCUUGGACAUUUCUCGAAAGAACGUGGCUUUAGUGACGACAUUCGGGAGAUGGUGAAGGCCCUGGUUCCAAUGACACGCCUUGUCUGGGCUUCCGUGAAGUCGCGAAUGCUGCCAACCCCGAUGAAGUUUCAUUAUAUCUUCAAUUUGCGUGAUCUCAGUCGAAUUUGGCAGGGCAUGGUGUUUGCCUGCAGUGAAGUAAGUAAAUUUUUAAACGUUCUGUUACUUGUAGUAGGUAGCAGGAUAUAUGGGAAGUUUUACCUGCAUGCUAUACAAAGAUUUUGUGAUAGAAAUAACGUCUGGCAGUUCUUUCAGCACGGCUUUCGGUAA